AUUCGGUUAUUGACUCUACUUUCAUAAGCAUAACAGGGCCAAUUAAUUUGUUUAAAGGAACGAUCAGCAAAUUUUAACAAUCAACCGCUAACGGUUUGAUUGUCCAAGUGUUUGGUGAGAUCACUGAAGUAGAUCACAACUGAAGAAUAUCAGUCACUGUUUACAUGUGCACAAGACCACCGAUCUUUCGAGUUCUCGACCGAAAGGCAGCUAUCUGAGUGCCCAUAUUAGAAAUUAGUCCUCCCUAAUGGCCUCUGCAUUGGAGCUUUCGUUUCAUUCUUCGAAAGAGACAACUAACUAUUAUCGGCUGUGCAAGCUUCUGGUGGAUGUUGGAUCACAUGUCCUGAGAAAGAUAUUCGACGAGAAGCGUCCACCAGGAAAUUUGGACACAGUUUUGUCAAGUCCUUUAGUGCAUUCCAUUCUGCAAACACUUCGAAAGAAGAGAGUUCUUAGUUGUUUGCAAUGGGAGAAACUGUAUCCCACCGUCAAAUCUUCAGUUUCAUUACAGUAUUUGGACAUCAGUACCCUAAUGGUUCUGCUGAGAAAUCUUUGUGGUUUUAAUCCUCCAGCUACUGGCUGGGAUACGCUUCCUCCUGCAGAUGACACAUCCCUUGAGGCAGACAUCGCUCGCAUCAAGUGCUACAGGAACACCGUUCAAAGUCAUGCUAGUCAGGCUGCAAUUGACGAAGCAACGUUCAAUCAGUACUGGAAGGACAUCCAGGGUGCACUGGUGAGAAUAGGUGGAGAAGGUUACCAAUGUGCUAUUGAUGGCUUGAAAAAGGAAUGCAUUGACAGCGAUUUUGGGGAGCACUACAAAGAGCUUCUUAAACAAUGUGUUCACGAUGAACUCAACACAAAUGAAAAAUUGGAUAAAUUGAUGGAAGAUGUUUCUCAGUUUGGAAGGAAGUUGGACGAAUUGAAGGCGGCCAGGGCGAAUUCCGAAGGGAAAAUAGGAGCUGAAGCUGUAACAGCAUAUACCGACGCUUUGAAGGAAUCAAUAAAAAGCCAAACUGAAUUUUGCCGUAACGCUUCUGAAACCGAGACAAAAGUGAGCACGGAUGACAUUUUCACUAAUAUUCUCAUUCAACAUGGAAGAAAACCCGUUGAAGACCAUGAUACGGGAAGGGAGGCACACCUUCGCCAGUACGGUCAAGUGAGUGGAAGACCAGUCAAGCAUUGCCGAGAAAUAUUCAUUUCAACCGAUGGCAAUGAGAAAAAUCCACAAUCUGUUCUUCUCACUGGAAAGGCGGGCAUCGGUAAAACUCUGUUUUGCCAGAAGUUGAUCAGAGAUUGGGCCGACGGCAAAUUAUUUCAGUUACUACCGGGAACAAACGUCCCCGACUUCAAGUUUGCAUACUUGCUGACUUUUCGUCAGCUGAAUUUACUUAAAGAUAGUCCAGCCAGCUUGAGAGGAAUCCUAAACCGAUCGUCAGUGCUAGAUGACCACUCAAAUAUUGACAAUUCCUUAUUUGAAUACAUGAUUAAUCAUCCGGAGGAAGUUUUGAUUGUCAUCGACGGGUACGACGAGUAUUCACAGCAAGAUUUCAUCGCUAGUGAUUCAGAGGAAGGAUUUCCCAACAACGCCCGAGAGAAAAUGCCAGUAGCGGCAGUGUGUGCCAAACUCAUCAAAGGAAAAAUCUUGAGAGGUUCCGUUGUCAUGGUAACGUCAAGGCCCGAUGAAUCUGACAAAAUAAAAGACGAAAUUAGAUUUGAUAGAUACGUUGAAAUUACAGGAUUUUUUGAACCGCAGGUGAAGGAAUACAUUGAGAAGUAUUUCAGAGAUAACGAGAGAUUCAAAAGCACAGUGACCGACCACAUCACAAAGAAUGCCAAUCUCGUCAGCUUUGCCCACAUUCCUGUGCUUUGUUUUCUGAUGUGUUACUACUUUGAUUACAUUCUAACGGAAUCAACGAACACUAAAGCCCUCCCUGUGAAAACAAGUGACCUUUACUUUGAAGUGGUCAACAUGUUUGUGCGAAAGCACAACAAAAACAAGAGACUCUCCCACGAGGAAACCUUGGAUAAAUUAUCGGAAUUAGCUGCUCAGUUGCUCUUGGAGAAGAGGUUUCUAUUUACGAAAGAGGAUGUGAAAAUGUUCAGCCCACAAGAAGUUGAAAGUUUGAGCGCAAGUGGUCUUCUUCACUGCGGUCCUCCUUUCAGAAAAUCUUGUUUUGAAACGACGAAAUAUUUUUGCUUCACCCACUUGACUCUCCAAGAGUAUCUAGCUGCUCGUUGGUUUGUGAAGAGGAAAGAAAUUCCCCCUGGCGAUGUUUCAUCAGUUGUACUGCAAUACAUGUCCGGUAUUCUGUCAAAGCAGAAAGACAACGUAUUUAUGGAACGAAUACUUGAUGGAUUCAGUACUGAAUACUUUUUUAGGAGGAAGCUUCUAACAGUUUAUUGUCUGAUGGAGUACGAGGACAAACAGUUUGCCAAAAGUAUCGUAGAGAAGGGCUACUAUGAAUUCUGUGAUCGUAAAGGCACGAUUGUUUUCAGGAAUGUGACUGAUACGGGUUGCACUUCAGUGUCUUUUUUGCUAGAUGUUAUGAGUGCAUUGAAUGAUGACGAAGAGUCGGGGAGAAAUCAUUUAAUCUGUGAGCAGCAGAACGCAGCAUGCAGAGCGAGCGCACUGGAUCUGAGUGGUAAUCAAAUCACUGAUGACGGUGUUGCCAGUCUAUGUCAAGCAUUACAGACAGCUACAAGGAAGUUACCAAAACUGGUUCUGAGUGGUAAUCAGAUCACAGAUACUGGUGUUGACAGCCUGUGUCAAGCGUUACAGACAGAAACGUGUGGCAUAACCAGACUCAAUUUGAGUUACAAUCAGAUCACCGAUGCCGGAGUUGUUUGUCUAUGUCAAGUUUUACAAAAAGCUGUUUGUAAGGUGAAGACACUGGAUCUGAGUCUUAAUCAGAUCACUGAUGCCGGUGUGGUCAGUCUUUGUCAAGCCUUGCAGACAGCAACAUGUAAGGUAACUGCAGUGGAUUUGAGUUCCAAUCAGAUCAGUGAUGUCGGCAAGGAGAAUCUCGCUAAUCUACUGAAACUUUACCCUGACCGUUACCACAUCGACUAUUUUUAGGGGUAGAACUUCGCUGAGAAGUAGAGCUCCUGACAGAAAGGUACUGAGAAAGUGUUCAAACAUUUAAAUGUACUCGAUUAAAUGCGCUUCGAAUUCGAAUUCAUUCACUGCGCUGUUCAACUUCGCUGGCAAUAGUAAUAGCAAUGACUGUUGUAUUUCUAGCCUAGACUCGCUGGAACGAACACACCUAACAACAAGGCUGGUUUUAUGCCUUCCGUUUAACAAGAUGAGCCUUGGUUCCAUAGAAGAAUUACUGUAUUGUUCUACAGUAUGUCGGAAUUACACUGAAUAGGGUGUAUCCUGUUGAUAAAUGUAACUCUUUUGGGGUUCAAGU